UCGUGGGGCCCCCAGGAGAGUCGAGCUUCCCGCGGAGCCUGGCAGAGCAGCGCUGAUGACAGAUGGCCAGUUUCCUGAAGGCUUAACUGCUUGCUUCCCAGAGCCCUGCCUUGUCUCAGAGAGAAGAGAACAAUGACCAAGUCACAGGAGGCAGUGACGUUCAGGGACGUGGCCGUGGUCUUCAGUGAGGAGGAGCUGAGGCUGCUGGACGCUGCCCAGAGGAGGCUGUACCACGAUGUGAUGCUGGAGAACUUCAGGAACCUCCUGGCCGUGGGAGGUCAGAGUCCAAACGAGAUAGAGACUCUUCUUGCUAAAGGAAUGAGGAGCCUUGCACUGCGGAGGCUUCCAUGCUGGCAAAGAAAAAGCCAUGAUGUCAACAGACCGGCCAGAGGUCCAGAAGAUAAAAUAAAUACUCAAGGGGAGGGUACUCACUCCCUGGGGCGCUGCCACAGGGGAGCAGAACAGCCUCCCUGGACCUCGGAGGAUGAUGGCUAUCUUGAGAGUCUCACAAGCAGCCAUUCUAGUAUUACCGAAAAUCCAGAAUUUCUGUCUGGGAGAGCUCAGAGUUCUUUGAGUAAAACACUUCUUAGUGAAAGAUGUGACCAGUGGAAACACUUUCCUCAGACUCUGUUGAAAAACAAACCAGAGCUGUUGGCUCUGGGUGUUGACAUUCUGAGUUGCAUUUCCCACCAAGAUAACAAUAUAUUGCAUAAAAGAGGCAAAGUCCACAGCAGUGGUGACUGUGAUACAGUCAUCUGUCCCGUGUCACACCUCACCCAGGAUUGUGAUUACACAGAACAGAAGGCUUACCAGUGCAGCAAGGACCAAAAAACCUUCCAUGGCAGCUCCGUCCUGGAACUCCAUCAGCAGGUCCUCUUAGGAACAAAGUCCCCUGUACAUAGAACGCGCAAGGACACCAGUCGUAGCUCCCGUGUCCCCAUUCAACGAAGUGUUCAUCCAGGUAGAAAGCACUACUGGUGUCACACCUGUGGUAAGACUUUCAGUCGGAGCUCAGCACUUCAGACUCACCAGAGAGUGCACACAGGGGAGAAACCCUACCAGUGUGACAGCUGCGGGAAGGCCUUCAGCCGCAGCUCGGAUCUCAACCUCCACCGCCGAGUGCACACUGGAGAGAAACUUUACAAGUGCGAGGUGUGUGGAAAGGUCUUCACAAAGUGGGACCACCUCCAGAUACAUGAGAGAGUUCACACAGGAGAGAAGCCAUAUAAGUGUGGAGACUGUGGCAAACGCUUCAGCUGUAGCUGGAACCUUCACACCCACCAGAGAGUCCACACUGAGGAGAAACCGUACAAGUGUGACGAGUGUGGGAAGUGCUUCAGCUUGGGCUUCAACCUCCACAGCCAUCAGCGGAUCCACACAGGAGAGAAGCCAUAUAAAUGUGACGAGUGCGGGAAGGGUUUCAGUUCAGCCUCAAGCUUCCAAAGACACCAGCGGGUCCAUACAGGAGAGAAGCCAUUUGUCUGCAAUGUCUGUGGAAAGCGCUUCAGUCAGAGCUCGAAUUUUCAUGCCCACCAGAGAGUUCAUACCAAGGAAAAACCAUAUAGAUGUGGUGUGUGUGGGAAGCAUUUCACCUGGAGCCUUCACAAUCACCAGAGAGUACACACAGGAGAGAAACCGUAUAUGUGUGUGGAGUGUGGGAAAGGCUUCCGUCACGCCUCAAGUCUGCAGGCUCACCAGAGUGUCCACACUGGCGAGAAACCAUUCAAAUGCAAUGUGUGCCAGAAAAGGUUCCGUCAGGCCUCAAUCCUCCAGGACCAUGAGAGGGUGCACACCGGGGAGAAGCCCUACAAGUGUGACACGUGUGGGAAAGCCUUCAGUCAGAGGUCCGGUCUCCAAGUCCAUCAGAGAAUUCACACCGGGGAGAAGCCAUUCAAGUGCAAAUCUUGUGGCAAAGGUUUCUGUCACAGCUCAACUCUUCAGACUCACCAGAGAGUGCACACGGGGGAGAAACCCUACAGGUGCAACAGCUGCGGGAAGGCCUUCAGCCGCAGCUCAGAUCUCAACAUCCACCGCCGAGUGCACACUGGAGAGAAACCUUACAAGUGCGAGGUGUGUGGGAAGGGCUUCACUCAGUGGGCACACCUCCAGGCCCACCAGAGAGUGCACACAGGAGAGAAGCCAUAUAAGUGUGGAGACUGUGGCAAACGCUUCAGUUGUAGCUCGAACCUUCACACCCACCAGAGAGUCCACACUGAGGAGAAACCGUACAAGUGUGACAAGUGUGGGAAGUGCUUCAGCUUAAGUGGCAAUCUAGACAUCCAUCAGCGGGUCCACACAGGAGAGAGGCCCUAUAAAUGUGAAGAGUGCGGGAAGGGUUUCAGUUCAGCCUCAAGCUUCCAAAGCCACCAGCGGGUCCAUACAGGAGAGAAGCCAUUUGUCUGCAAUGUCUGUGGAAAGAGCUUCAGUCGGAGCUCGCAUUUUCUAGAUCACCAAAGAAUUCACACUGGGGAAAAACCAUACAGAUGUGAAGUGUGUGGGAAGCGCUUCCCCUGGAGCUUGAGCCUUCAUAGUCACCAGAGUGUCCACACUGGAGAGAAACCGUAUAAAUGUGAGGAGUGUGGGAAAGGCUUUAGUCACGCCUCAAGUCUGCAGGCGCAUCACAGUGUCCACACCGGUGAGAAACCAUUCAGAUGCAAUGUUUGCCAGAAGCAGUUCAGCAAGACCUCAAACCUCCAGGCCCACCAGAGGGUGCACACCGGGGAGAAGCCCUAUAAGUGUGACACGUGUGGGAAAGCCUUCAGUCAGAGGUCCGGUCUCCAAGUCCAUCAGAGACUUCACACCGGGGAGAAGCCAUUCAAGUGUGGGGAGUGUGGGAAGGAAUUCAGAUGGAGUGUGGGGCUGAGUUCUCACCAGAGGGUCCACACAGGAGAGAAACCCUACACAUGUCAGCAGUGUGGGAAGGGCUUCAGUCAGGCCUCGUAUUUCCAUAUGCACCAGAGGGUUCACACUGAUUAGAGACCCUAAAUCUGCAACAUCUGCUGUAAGGGCUGUAGUCAGAGAUCACAUCUUGUCUUCCACCAGAGGAUCCACACUGCAUGGAAUCUUUAGUUUCUGCUGUCAGGUGGGCUCUCUGCCGCUGAUUGUUAAGAGUGCCCCUACACACAGGGCUUCAUAGGGGCUUUAUUUUGGUAUUUUUGCCCUCAAUUUAUUCUCUUACUGUACUCAUUAUGCAAAGGGAAGAGAGUAUUUUAGAAUGGAUCUUCUUAGCAUACAAAUAAAGUAAAAGGAUUUAAAAAUGUAUAUAGAAAGAGAUUCUGAUUUGAUUAUAAAAGGAAAAUUUGGCAGUUGUGAAGAACAGACCCAACAGGAAUUGUAGGGUAUCAUGCUAAUGCUGAGAUUAUAUCAAUAUGAGUAAUCAAUAAAGAUUGGCAAAGAGCUUGUAGCAACUAUUUAUGAAAAAUUAAUAACCAAUAUCCAAAAGCAAGUGACUUCAGUUUAUACAAAGUAAUUGGAUUUGCCCCACAUUGUAAAAAGAUCAAUUCCUGAAGCCCUUCCAUUUUAUACUAAUGCAAAUAAGAUAGAAAUAGCUGGUUAUAAUUCAUAAAAAAAUACACAAAGUCAUUCAAAACCCAUAUGUUUCAGUUCAAAAAUCAGAGUUCUAUGACAUUCUUAUGGUAGUAUUAGAUUUUCUUGAAUCUCUGUAGUUACUUCUCUCAAUAUGUAGAAAGUGUUUCAUAUAUAGAAACUGCUGAACUUAUUCAGUAUGACCAAAAUUCACUGUUUAUUCCACUACAAAAAGUAAUCGUAGAACAAUCAUUCAUUGUAUAUGACACAAGUCAGAUUCCACACAGGCCCUCUAGCACAAGGUAAUGAUGAAGUUGAUCACCUGUUGAUGGGAAAUGUGCCAAAAGCUUCAAAUUUUCAUAAGAAACACCAUAAUAAGACUAAAGAUCUAAAGGGGGAUUUUUCUACCACUUGGGAACAAGUCAAGGAAAUUAUAAGAAAAUGCCCUAUUUGUACUUUGUAUAACCAAACUCCAUUACCUGCAGGGAGUAACCAAAAAAGUACCCAAAGAAAUUAAAUUUGGCAAUUGGAUGUGUUUCAUUUUGCACAAUUUUGAAAAUUAAA